AUGUCGUCUGGUAUUGAACUGCAAGCAUGCCCCUCGAGCCAGGACGAUCGUGGUUGUCUAGUCGGCUUGUUGGAGCAUCACAUCAAUACAGCACCGCCCACGUACAUCGUCCGAAACCUUAACAACCAGUCCAGUCCCCUCGCCGUUGAACUCUUCCACUUACCUCGACCACCACUCCACUCCAUCAGACCAGCAGGCCAAAACUGCCGCGAGCGCAAGGUCAAGUGUAACGGCAACCACUCUGGCUGCCAGCAGUGCGCGCACCUGAACCUCCGCUGUAUAUACAAGACCAGCGACGCCGCCUCCAAGAGCCGGGCCAAGGCUGGCCGGGGGUCGGUCAUCUCGCGCCUCAAGCGCCAUGGCGUACGUGAGAAUGCUGUCCCAGAGGUCUCCAGGGGCUGCGGUCUUCGUAUAGCACCAGUGAGCAGCAGCAAUGGCACGGGUUCGAUACCGCUCUCGUCGCCGCCGGAGAAGCCGCUGCCCGGCGCCGGCGCAGGCUCUGCCAUGAUGAUGGCACUCGAGUCCGAGUUUGACCAGGCAUUCUUCAGCGCCCUCGUCCAGCCGUACGACGACUACAUCUACUGCGUGAGCCCGGUCGUCACGGCGUCCGAGGUCAGAGCCGCCAUCGGGGCCAUGCACGACGACCCGUUUGACUUCUUGCUCGUCCAUGCGUUCGGCGCCGCGACGCUGAACCUCACCCAGCCGGACUGGAGGGCUGAUCCGCGCGAGGCGGCCAAGCUGAAGCGGCUGAUGGACAUUGCCGUGUACGCCAGGAGCCAGCUCAGCGCGCCCUGCUUCAGCAGCAUACAGCAGCAGCAGAAGCAGCAAGCUGCUGGCAGUGGUGGUGGGAGUGGCUGCGGCAGCGGCGUGCGGCCACUGCUGGCCGAGUCGUUCAUCAUGUCCAACAUAUUCCUCGAGAUCUGCUUCAUGGCGUUCCAGCGGCACGAAGAAGCGUUCCUCAUGCUGCGCGAGGCGGUCAGCCUGAUCCAAGUGCUCCGGAUCGACAGCAGGACUCGAGCCCGCAGCCUCCAGGAGCGCACAGCAGCAGCAGGAGGAGGAGCUCAGACCGACGAGUCUCGGCGGCAGAGAGCCGCGGAGGCCAAGCGGGAGCGCCUGUACUGGCUGGUAUUUAUCCACGAGCGGUUCAUGGCCAUCAUCGAGUACUACCCGAUUGUCCUCGAGCCGCUGCAGGGCUCGGUCGCGGUGGACGACGAGACGCUGCCGGUGCAGAUCCGCGAGGGGUUCCAGAGCCUCAUCCAGAUGUUCUGCGUCAUUGACCACGACUUUGUCAGCCACUGGCGCGGCGUGUCGCCAACAUUGUCGUCGUCAUCCUCCUCGUCAACUGCUGCGUUGGCAUCAUCAUCGUCACCGUCGUUGCCGUCUGGCUCUGCCGUGACGAGGGAGUGGAUCGAGGCCAAGAAGAGCCAGCUCGACAGCCUGGACUUUAUGCUGCAGCCUCGGCCAGCAGCCAGUAGUAGUAGCCCUUAUUCCCUGGGAAACAUCAUUCACCCAACCGACGAUCUCUUCGCCGCCACCACCGCCGCCACCAGCGAGUCCUCCCCCAGCGCCAACCUGGCCACGGAGAACUGGGCGACCCUGAGCACGCUGCAGCAGGCAGACCUCGUCGUCACACGGCAGUGGAUGCUGACGCUGCUGUGGCAGCUCGCCCUGUCGCACUGCGUACUGACAUCUUCGUCGUCGUCGUCAGCUUCUGCUGGUGCGGAUGGUCACGGUCACGGCUACAACCACGAAGGAGUGCCAGGUUCAUCACCACAAGCCACUUCCGGCACCAGCACCACCACCACCGCACCAGAAGCCACGCCAAUGUCCCUUUCCUUCCCCGUGCGCCUAUCCCAGCAGCUCCGCGCGGUGAUCCUGCAGCUCGGCCGGCAGUACGUAGAGCGGCACGGCACCGGCAUCAUCCAGAAGCUCUUCGAGAUCACCACCACAUUCGCCGACGUCAUCGUCCAUGUCCCCGUGCCGCACUUGUUGUCGUCGUCAUCGCCAGUGCCAGUGUCAGUAUCAUCUCCGGGAACAGCAGUGGGAGCGGCGGCGGUGGCAGGAGGUGAAGACAGGGCGAGGAAAGAAGAACAACAGCAACAGGAGCAAGAACAACAACAGCAUCAAGAACGAGAACGCAGGCAGCGCUUCGACGACUUUGAAUUCCUGCACAACUUCCUACGCGACUUUGCCGGGCUCGACGAGGUCCAGGGCCGGAUCCUGGCCGACAAGGCUGCGCUGGUUCGCGCGGUUCAGCGCAGCGGGUGA